AUGCCUCGGUCUGCAGGCGGGCGGUACCAGCCGCUGGUGAUAAGCUCAGCAGGAGCAGCAGCAGCAGCAGCAGCAGCAGAUCCCCUGUGCUGCGGGGGGCCGCUAAAGCAACGCAGCAGCAGCAACAACAGCAGCAGCAGCAGCAGCAACGAUGCAGAGGAAGAAGCAGAGUUGGAUGGAGAAGAGGAGGGAGAGGGGAAGAGCUUUGAGGCUGCGCUGGAGCGCGGCACCAAACAUGGUUUGCUCGCGGCGGUGGGGGACCAGGGGGGUUUGUGCUGCGUGGUGGCUGUACACUCGAACCAAACCCUCAGAAGAUUCACAAACCCUCGCGACGCCACCGUGCGGGCGCUGAGGUUUUGUAGACCCCACAACUCCCUCAUUGUUGGCGGCGAUGAUACCGUUGUGCGGGAGUGGAGUUUAGAGACUGGCGAUGUAUCUGUGGAGCUGAAGGAGCACGCAGACAGCGUGAGGUGUAUAGACACCUCAACGCUCUUCUCUCCCUUCAUUUUGUCUGGCUCUUACGAUGCCACGGCAAAACUAUGGGAUACACGCACAAAGAAGUGCUGCCUCUCUCUAGCCCAAGGAGACCCCACAGAAUGCGUGCGGCUGAUCGAGGCAUCGACUACGCUGCAGGUGUUGACGGCUGCAGGCAACCAGGUUCGUCUAUGGGAUCUACGACAACCUGCAGCCCCCCUUUGGAACCUCAGCAGCUUCGCGAAGACUGUGUUCGCGGUGCAGCCGUUUCCUGCUGCUGCUGCUGCUGUUGCUGCUGCUGCUGCUGCAGCACCAGCAGCAGCAGCAGCAGCAGCAGCAACGCCAGCAGCACUGGAAGGACCCAAACUGCUGCUGGCCACCGCCUCGUUAGACAACGUCGUCCGCAUCUUCUCAUUCGAGACACUGCAGCUGCUGCAGUCGUUCGGCGUGCGCAGCGACAUACUGUGUCUGGAUGCUGUUAGCGGCAGCAGCAGCAGCAGCAGCAAGAGCAGCAGCAGCAGCAGCAGCAGCAGGAAGAUGAGAAGCAUGAAGAGUCGAAUUGUUGUGGGGCUGUCUGAUGGGGGCUGGCAGGUUCGCCAGAUUGCUGGUGCUGCUGCCUCCAGCACGGAGUUGCUGCUGCUGCAGCAGCAGCAGCAACAGCAGCAGCAGCAGCAGCAACGCAAACGCCUGCUGCAGCUCAGGCCCACAGACGGAGGAUACUUUAAAAGAGGCAGAACUGCACCACCCGGGAGAGGCGACGAAGUUGUAAGGGUUUAG